GCUUGUGGUUUUCAGAAAAAGUUAAAGAUGUGCUGGAGGUUUAUACUUCCUGUGACUUGUAGCUUAGCAGCUGCUUCCUCCUUAUAUUCAACAGGCAGUGCUGCAGCUUACACAAGAAGGCAGGUCCUGGUAGAAAACAAGGGAUUUACCACUGUCAAGUAUUUUUGCGCACCAUAGUUCAAGAUGUCAGAGCAGGAAGCACCUCAGCAUGUAGAAGAAGAAGACGAACUUGAUGCAAAACUGAACUAUAAGCCUCCACCACAGAAAUCUCUACAGGAACUUCAAGAAUUAGAUAAAGAUGAUGAGAGUUUAGCCAAGUAUAAGAAAACUCUGCUUGGAGAUGGACCUGUUGUUUCAGAUCCUAAUGUUAAAAAUGUUGUAGUCACUCGUCUCAGCCUUGUAUGUGAUGAAGCUCCUGAAGAAAUUACAAUGGACCUCACUGGUGAUCUUGAGGCUAUAAAGAAGAAGAAUUUUGUGUUAAAGGAAGGAGUUGAAUACAGAGUAAAGAUUUGUUUUAAGGUAAACAGAGAUAUUGUCUCUGGAUUAAAAUACAUCCAGCAUACAUCAAGAAAAGGAGUGAAAGUUGACAAAGCUACCUUUAUGGUGGGAAGCUAUGGCCCAAGAAAGGAGGAGUACGAAUUCCUUACACCAAAGGAAGAGGCACCAAAGGGCACACUGUAUCGUGGUGUCUACACAAACAAGUCCCAGUUUACAGACGACGACAAACAUGAUCACUUGUCCUGGGAGUGGAACCUUUCCAUCAAGAAGGAAUGGAAAGAAGAGAAAUGAAAUCACAUCUUAAGUCUUCAUAAAGGGGUGACAUCAAGACUGUGCAAUGCAGGUUAAAGAGCACUGCAUGCCUUAGCCUAUAAGUGAGGCAAAGGAGAAAAUGUAGCCAUAGUAAUUGAGUCACCAUUCAUUUAAUGUUGAGUAAAGUCAGCUAAACAAGCAUACAUUCAAUAAGGUCACAGCUUCAGAAGUCCUUAUGUUAUGUAAUUCUCCCAGGUGUCAGGAUACUAAGCUAACUGCAUUGCUUAAAUUAAAAUAAGACAAAAAUAAUCUCUAGCAUUCAUUUUAUCUUUAUUAUAGUUCUUCCUCAGCUCUUAAGAUCACUGAAAAAUAAGAACAAACUAUAUGUUUAAAUUACUUAUAUAAUAUGUAAUUCUGAAUAUGCUGCUUCCUAGACAGAUGAAUGAAAACAUCCCCAUUGUUGUUCCCUCCUAUAAUUCUGAUUAUAUGAUAAUAUUCGGUUUCUGCAUUACUUCUGCAGCUACAGCACAUAAACUCUGUAAGCAUUUAAAUGGCAUUGAGAUUUAACAUAUGCUGUGUUAGUCUUCAUGGUUACCACUUUUUGAAUAAAUGUUUAUAUAUCGUAUUUCUUUUUAAAGCAUUUUAUUUAAUAAGACUUCAGAUCCAGUGGAUAUUUUUUUAUUCAAGUCAUAUAAAAAAAAAUCGCCAUUGUUUUUGAACGAUAAAAUGGCUACUUGUACAUGAGUUACAUUUGCAUUACAUGGAAGAGAUUCUGUUUUUAUUUUUUAAUACAUUUGCUUGGAUUAAAUGUUGGUAUGAGAUAAUGAUUUUCUUCAGUAAGAUGACUUUGCUUGCAGAGGUUUUCUUCAUGAAAAUGAAAAUGCUUCCACAGAUAAAGGACCCCAGACAAGGCAAAGUAACCCAAGUUGGGCAAGUAACCAUUUUGAUACUGAAUGCAUGGCAGUUUUCCCUUUUUGUUUUGCUAGUAAAAUAGCUGUACUUCGUAUUUGCAGAAUAGUAUCUCUAAAUUUAAUUUCAAGUAUUACUGGAAUGUUAUCCUUCGUGUAAACCUCUGCAAGAACAUUGCAUGUACUCUGCUUACCAGAAAUUCACAUUUUAAGUACAAUGAUCACAGAAACCUUCUCUCAUUACAUCUUUAUUUAGAGAAUAGCAUGAGCUGUACUAUUUAUGUCAUUAGAAAGAGUAUCAGAAAGUGUGCCAUGAAUAGUUUUAUACUCUGCUAUAAAGAUAUAUGCUUGUGAUAUAUUGUUCUCACCUCUUCCACUUAUAAGACCUUAGCCCACAGCUGCUUUAUCUGUCUAUAUAUAUGUAUAAUACAAUUAAUCUUUAUUAGCCUAAUGUAAUCCAAGUCAAAGGCCUCUAAAAGCAGUUACAUUGCCAUUCCAUCAAAUUAACUGUUUUAAAUUAGCAAAUGCAUGCCAUUAUUCACCAUAUCAAUAUCAUUUCAUUGCACAUAGCUGUUGAAGUUUACUAAAUAAUAUAAUAUAUGGAGCAACCUUUUUAAAUUAAACAAGACAUUAGCAACCUUAUUGCAUUAUCCUGCCAAUGUUACACAAGUUAUUAUGGUACAGUGUUAAUGUAGGCAUCACAAUACAACAACAUUUUGAAUUAAAAGCAUGCUCCAGACCAAACAGUGAGGAAGAUGAUGGGGCAAUGAAAACUAACACUACUCAGUAAACAGACCUGCUUCUAAUUAAAAUAAUUAAACUACAGAAUAAUUUGUUUUACUACUUAAUAUUGCAAAACAUCAAAAAGGAACCAGGCAUAUAAAAUGGUAGCAAAUUCGGCAACUUAACAUAUUUUUUACUUCCACUUUCUAUAUCAUUUUUUCCUAACUAAAAAAAUACAUAAAAUAACAAAAAUCUAUAUUCUAUAAAAAGUAACAAUUAUCAGUAAAUUAUGCUUUGAAAGGCUGUGCAUAAGUAUACUAUGCCCAUUACUCACAGGGACAUUUCCUUAAACAUACAUUUUAUAUGGCUCAUGCUUAAGUUUUGGUCCCCCCAAAGAAGACAGCAAAUGAUAUUUGUGUUCCUGCUUGGAGGACAAACAAUGGUGCAGCCCUAUACUUUUCAACAUAUUACUUUAAGCCUACACAGGUUAAUCUAAAUUUAACGCAAACACGUUGUGACCCUUAUGGUGCAAGAGUUUGUUUCUAUGUUUACCUCAAGCGGGUGCUUUACAAAAACACCAAACAAUUUCAUGCAAAGGGGGAAAACACUUUUACUAUGUGAAAAUGGGGAGUAGGUUUGACAUGAAGGUUAAAGUCUUCACCUUAUGGACACAAAAUACAGAGUUUGAUUCUAACGUCGGGUAAUUAGUUAGACUUAAAAUGGCCCUUCAAGGCAGUUAGCCUACUAUUCAGCUGUGAGCCUAUGAAGUGGAUUGUAAAUCAUUUUCUAACUGGUAUGCACUACAGGAUAGUAAGAAAAGUGAUACUCCUCUGAAACAUUAUGUACUAUCAAAAUGUAGAAGAUCAGACUUUAGAAACAUGGAAAGUAAAAUAUGUUAUGCUAAGCAGAAUACUCACAAGUAAAGACCUCUAGCUAGUCUUCAGUGGUUUAUAAUUAUAAUAAUAUUAAUAAUAAAAAUAAUCAUGGAAAGGAGAGACAAGGUCAUGACACUAUACAAAUGUGUUUGCUAUGCUGAGUAUUAUUGUUCAUUGAUAUAUUUCACCUGGAUCAGCAAGAAAUAAGUUGUUCUUAAGGCACUAUUCUGUAUCAUAAACUUGGGAGUUUUGUAAGAAUGGCUUUUCAUGUAAUGUUUGCACAUUUUAUGCAAUGCAUAUUGCAGACAUUUUCCCAACAAAGUAUUUUACAUGGCUUUUAGCAUCCAGAUUAUGUUAACAGCUUUUGCUUUACUAUAUCACCUUUGUUAAUAGUCUUUCAAAUGUAUUUUUAAAUGUGAUCUGAUACUUUAAUAAACAUUCUGUGGGAGAACAGAUAUGUCUACCUGA